GCCCGCCCCUGUUCGCAGCACCGCCCCCGCUCCUCUGCCCGGGGGCUCCGUCCGGCGCUGCCAGGGGCGGUGCGGUCUCGCGCCCCCCCACCCCCGACCAUCCCCCCAUCCCCGCCAGCGCGUGGGGGGUCCCGCCCCGCCCGGGCCGGGAGGAGCCGCGGCCGCCGGGGCAGCAGCGUCACCGCUCCGAUCCUGAAAAUACCAUAAAGAAGACGGCAAAAUGAGCAGUCGUCGAAAACGUGCACCUCCAUCAAAAGUGGAUGAGGAGAAGAAGAAAAAGCUGUGCUGGAAUAUGCAUGAAGACCGGAGAAAUGAGGUGGUGACAUUAGAUGAUGAAGUAACUAACGAGGACCAUGUUCCAGUUCCAAGCACUUCUGCAUCCCUCAUUGUUAUAAAUGAUGAUAGCRCUGAUGAAGAUCUUGUACAGAAAGAAGGCAGUGGCCCAAAAUCUGUUAAGUUUUUGACAGUUAAUGAUGAAGAAGACUCUUAUUCCAUCUUGACUCCUGUGUCUGUACAGCUAAAUAUUAUAGUUUUGCCAUACCGUGCAGAUAGGUCUUGGAAAGCUUUGUUGGGAGAAUUUACUCUUCAUCUGCCUUCUGAGCAAAUUCUAACUGACGAAAUCCAUGACAGGAGCUUUACUUUAAUGAGAGGAGACUCUGAUGAUGAGCUGCAGGUCUGCAUUCAUGAAAGAAGUGAAGAAGAGUACAGCAAUGAAACAAAAGAAUACCUGGGCACUUAUGAACAACGUAUUUUGGUGGAAUCAAGUUUAAGUGGUGAAAUAUUGGAAGGCUUGAGAUGGUUGCAAAAGAAGAAGAUAAUUGGACUUUAUCAAAGACCUGGAGAGGCUCAGUCUUUAAAGGUUGGAAUUUACCUUCUUGAAACCGGGCUAAGUAAACCAGAGUUUCUCAGUGAUGGAGGCGGAAGACCCAAAAAAGCUAAUCAGUUGAUUCAAAAACUCAUGGAAAAGUUCUACAGUUUUUUAAUUCCAGAUGAGCUGGAGGAAGAUGAGGAAGAAGCUGACAUGGAACUAGAGAGACAAAAUAUUGAAGAGCUUUAUGACUUUGUAAGGCACACCCAUCAACAGGAUAUCCAGUUGCUGAGAAAGGAUGUGCAGCAUCCUGCAUUAAUUCCCAUUCUGAGGCCAUACCAAAGUGAGGCUGUGAACUGGAUGCUUCAUCGUGAGAACCAUACGGGCACUCCAAGUAAUGAAAAUACAUUGCACUUCUUAUGGCGGGAGGUGACCACUCUGGAUGGAGUAAAAAUCUACUAUAAUCCAUUUACUGGCUGUAUUAUCCGUGAAUAUCCAACUGCUGGACCCCAGUGGCCUGGAGGUAUUUUGGCAGAUGAGAUGGGUCUUGGAAAAACCGUAGAAGUGUUGGCUCUUAUUCUGAAUCAUACUGGACCAGACAUUAAACAAGAUGAUUUGACAUUACCUGAGGGUAAGCUUGUGAACUUCUUUGUUCCACCUCAACCUUUAGAGGGAAAUAAAAAGAAAAAACCAAAGGAAAUGGAGCCUAAAUUAAAGGAAAAAAUACAGUAUCCCAGCUUACGAGUAAUGAUACUAGCAGCUGUAAAGGAAAUGAAUGUGAAGAAAGGAGCAUCCAUUAUUGCAAUAUUUAAGUACAUCAGUUCUAUAUAUAGGUAUGACACACAGAGAAAUAGACGGCUUCUCAAAAGAACUUUAGAAAAACUAAUUGCAGAACAAAUGGUAGAGCAAGUUAAAGGACAUGGUCUGGCUGGGUCUUUCAAGCUGGGAAAGAAUUACAAAGAACAGAAGAAGCGAGAAAGAACCAAAGAGCAGGUAGCAAGGACUUCAGAAAACAUUCAGAAGAAGCAAUUGAUUGGUGCUAAAACUCAAACCAAAGAAUCAAGAAACGGUGAUGUAACAUCUGAAAAUGUCUUAAAAACUGCUUCACAUGAGAAUAUUGCCAUGGAAGAGCAUGAUUAUUGUACAACUAGUAAAAAUUGUAAGAAAUCUGAAGCAGAUGAAGAGAACUCUGUAGAAGAGCAAAAUGUUAAGCAGGAAACUGUGGUCCCAAAGUCUCCUGAUUUGCAUGGCAGCCUCCUUGUCUGCAGYGACAUGAGCAGUCAUCCUGAUGUUGACACUACUAAAACUACUGCUGAUGUCCAGCAGGAAAUCCCAAAGGUCCAGUCCUCACAUUCCCAAGAACAUGCUGGCAGUAGCAUACAACAUACCAGUUCUGUAUUUCCAUUUAAUACCUCUGAAUAUCGUUUUGAAUGCAUCUGUGGUGAGCUUGGAUUGGCUGACUACAAAGCUCGUGUGCAGUGCCUGAAAUGUUACCUGUGGCAGCAUGCAGAAUGUGUAAACUACAGAGAGGAGAACCUGAAGAGCAGGCCCUUCUACUGCCCCCAUUGCCUUGUGGCAAUGAAGCCAGUUCCCACACGAGCGACUCUGAUCAUUUCUCCAAGUUCUAUUUGUCACCAGUGGGUAGAUGAGAUCAACAGGCAUGUAAGAUCAUCAUCUCUUCGAGUUCUGGUGUACCAAGGUGUGAAGAAGCAUGGCUUUUUGCAGCCGCACAUGCUGGCAGAGCAGGAGGUGGUUAUCACCACCUACGACGUCCUGCGCACUGAACUGAACUACGUGGACAUUCCCCACAGUAACAGCGAGGAUGGGCGCCGCUUCAGGAACCAGAAGCGCUAUAUGGCCAUUCCGAGCCCCUUAGUAGCAGUGGAGUGGUGGAGGAUCUGCCUCGAUGAAGCACAAAUGGUUGAAUGCACUACUGCAAAGGCUGCUGAAAUGGCACUCCGCUUAAGUGGAAUCAACCGCUGGUGUGUCAGUGGCACUCCUGUACAGCGAGGAUUAGAAGAUUUGUAUGGAUUAGUCCUUUUCCUUGGAGUUGAUCCUUACUGGGUCAAACAUUGGUGGGACCAACUUUUAUAUCGACCUUAUUGUAGGAAAAAUCCCCGGCCUCUCUACAGUCUAAUUGCGAAGAUAAUGUGGAGAUCAGCUAAGAAGGAUGUGAUUGACCAAAUUCAAAUUCCCCCUCAGACAGAAAAUAUACACUGGCUUCACUUCUCUCCUGUGGAGAGACACUUCUAUCAUCGCCAGCACGAAGUGUGCUGCCAGGAUGCAUUGGCAAAACUCAGGAAGAUUUCGGACUGGACUCUUAAGCUUAGCAGUCUAGAUAGAAGGACUGUGACUUCUAUUCUAUACCCUUUGUUGCGGCUGAGGCAGGCCUGCUGUCACCCACAAGCUGUUCGGGGAGAGUUCCUGCCACUACAGAAAAGCACCAUGACCAUGGAGGAACUGUUGGCCUCUCUGCAAAAGAAAUGUCGAACAGAGUGUGAAGAAGCUCACCGACAGCUGGUGUGUGCUCUUAAUGGUUUAGCUGGUAUCCACAUCAUUAAAGGGGAAUAUGCAUUGGCUGCGGAGAUGUACAGAGAAGUAUUAAGAUCAUCUGAAGAGCACAAAGAAAAGCUCAAAACAGAUUCCUUGCAAAGACUUCAUUCUACACACAAUUUGAUGGAGUUGUUGGCAAAGCACCCAGGAAUUCCCCCAACUUUGCGUGAUAGCCAUCUUGCAGAAGAGGCAGAACAACUUCGACAACAUUAUAUGAGUAAAUCCAAUGCAGAAGUUGCAGAAGCCCAUCAGGCCUUACAGCCAGUUAUUCAAACCAUUCGGGAGCUUCAGAGAAAGAUACAUUCAGGUUCUCCUUGGUGGUUGGAUGUCAUCCAGACAGCAAUACAGUAUGCCAUCGAUGAGGAGCUUGUUCAACGUGUGCAAAACGAAAUAACCUGCAACUACAAACAGCAGACAAAUAAACUCUCCAUGGCAGAGAAAUUCCGUGACUGUAGAGGGCUUCAAUAUCUACUCACAACCCAGCUGGAUGAAGUGAAGAAAUUCCAGAAGAUUGUAAGAGAAGCAGUGAAAAACUUAGAAGGGCCUCCUUCGAAGCAGGUUAUUGAGGCUGCCACUAUCUGCCAUUUGCGACCUGUUAGACUUCCACUUAACAACUGUGUCUUUUGUAAGGCUGAUGAAUUGUUCACCGAAUAUGAGUCAAAGCUCUUUAUGCACAGUGUUAAAGGCCAAAUGGCAAUAUUUGAGGAGAUGAUAGAAGACCAAGAAGGACUUGUUGAUGACCGUUUGCCCACCACAAGCAGAGGGCUCUGGGCAACCAGUGAAACUGAACGUGCCUUGAAAGCUCUUCUCUCCUUUGCCAAAGCUCACCGAAUGGAUGCUAGGCUAACUGAAGAAGGGAGCAUAUUCUUGGAACUCUUUGAAGCAUGGAAAAAGGAAUAUAAGUUACUUCAUGAGUAUUGGAUGGUCCUUAGGGAUCAUGUGUCUGCUAUUGAUGAACUGGCAAUGGCGACAGAACGACUGCGAGUGCGUCAUCCUGAUGAGCCAAAACCAAAUCCACCAGUUCUCCACAUUAUAGAACCACAUGAGGUAGAGCAAAAUCGAGUGAAACUUCUGAAUGACAAAGCAGUUGCCAAAUCGCAGCUUCAAAAGAAAUUAGGACAACUUCUGUACCUCACUAAUCUGGAGAAAUCUCAGGAUAAAACUACUGGGGGAGUUAACCCAGAACCAUGUCCAAUCUGUGCACGUCAGCUGGGAAGACAGUGGGCAGUGCUGACGUGUGGACACUGUUUUUGCAAUGAGUGCAUAGCAAUCAUCAUCCAACAGUACAGUGUAGGCACCCGCCGGAGCUCAAUUAAAUGUGCCAUUUGCAGGCAGACAACAUCUCAUAAAGAAAUAUCUUAUGUCUUCACUGCAGAGGCUGCAAAUCAGGAGGAUGAUAUUCCUGUAAAGGGAAGUCACUCUACCAAAGUGGAAGCUGUGGUCCGAACACUGAAGAAAAUUCAGUUUAAAGAUCCAGGGGCUAAGUCUUUAGUUUUCUCAACGUGGCAAGAUGUGUUGGAUAUAAUUUCAAAAGCUUUGUAUGACAACAACAUGAUUUUUUCUCAGAUCAAUGGAAUUAGUAAAUUUCAGGAAAACCUGUCUGCAUUUAAAUAUGAUCCCAACAUCAAUAUUUUGCUGCUACCUCUUCACACUGGUUCUAAUGGACUUAAUAUCAUCGAAGCAACUCAUGUUCUGCUUGUGGAGCCCAUUCUGAAUCCAGCACAUGAGCUGCAGGCUAUUGGCAGGGUACAUCGUAUUGGCCAAACAAAAUCUACGAUUGUUCAUAGAUUCCUGAUAAAAGCAACAAUAGAAGAGAGAAUGCAGACUAUGCUGAAAACUGUAGAUAGAAGCCACACGAGCUCUUCCAUGAAACAGUCAGAAGCUUCAGUGUUGACAGUGGCAGAUUUGGCUGACCUUUUUACAGAGGAAACUGAAGAACUUGAGUAAAAACAUUGGUUUGACCUAAUGAAAUCGAAAAAUACCUGACCCAGUAAGCACCAGGGUAUAAUCUGCUUGAUCUGUCAUUCCUGUAGACAUCAUCUAACAUUUGUCCAUAACARAGCAGUUGGAAAUUGAGGAGUUUUAAUUGUUACUGGUUUAUUCUUUGAUGACGUUCACAGCAGCACACACUUCUGAUGGCACUGGAGAAAAGUUGCACUUUGCACAUUAUACAAAAACAUGGAUUUUAUUCCCAAAGAGCAUUUGAGCUGGAUGCUGAAGCUGAGAUCUUGGACCCUUGGUUGAGAGGACUUUUACCAUCAGGUUUGAUCGGCUAGUAGCUCAGUCUGAGAGCAAAACUAUGUGGGUGGUGGGUGGGAAAGGGAAGCAGAAAAAUAGAAAUCUAAUUUUUUUUACUGUACAAAGAAUUGUUAGAAAGAAUGACUGUAAAUUAAUAUUCUUCUAGAAAGGGCUUGUUAGAUUUAAUGCAGAGUUAUUAAAUGUCUUAUUGUUAACACUUCAAAUUACUAAUCUUUACUAAUAAUUUGGAUAUUUGUAUUAGGCUUUUAGAUAUUCAUAAAGACUUUUGACAGUUAAAUAUUUCAUUGUUAAUGCUUGCUCACUGCAAAAAGAUGAUAAUUAAAUUAUGCUUUUUGUAUGUGUGUUGGUCUGGUGAUCAGUUAAAGAAAUUGCUGUAYGUGUUUUCACUUGAAGCUAUGACUAGUUCAAUGCUCUGUUUAAAAAAAAAAGCAUUUGUUACAGAGUUUUCAAAAAUUAAUUGGUUACACUGCUAAUCACUUCAUAAUCAYCUGGUGCUUCUGUGCAUUUUCGCAUCCUGAUCUUUUUGUCUAGUUAUUCCCCUUAAAGAUGCARCAAUCUAAAUAUACAAAAUACAUGAAAUUAUGGUAGUCAGUCUAAUCAUUAGAUGCCUGGUAUAAGUUAGAAAAACAAUGGAGAGAAAUGGAACUUUUGUGAAGCUUCAUCUUAAGAUAUGCAAGAUCACUCUACCCCAUCUCUGUUGACAGYAGAUAGGAAAACAAAUCUAGACUAACUUUUAGAUUGCUGAAGGUAGGCAAGAUAAAUUUUAAGCCUUUUGUCAUAGGGUAUGGAUGUACAUUUACAUAAUAUUCAGUUCUGAAAGUAUUACGGAGGCAAGCUCAGUUAUGCAGUUGGUGUUAAAUACAAUUUURUAUUUAGAGUGGGCAAAUGUGCAUGCAUAAGCAACAGGCUACUUCCCUCAAAUUACAAUAUUUUUCUGUGUCAGUAGACAAUGUUUUUUGUACAUUUCAAAAAUCUUACUUGGGGCUGAAAUGAAAAUGAGUCCUUUAAGAAAUCCUCUUCAAAUUUUUACUCUAAUCAUGUCUGCUAAACAGAUUCACCAUCAGUUAUUAAGCUGCUUGAGUUCRGUCUUCAGCAUACAUGUGAGUAGCACUGGUCAGUUUAUCUGCAUGGCAGGCAAGUUUUUUGUAGCUGACAACAAAUGCGACUAGAAUUUGCAYGAAUAAUACUGUAUUAAAAAGUGUUUUUGUGGAAUUUACAUUCUGUUGGUCUUCUGGACCAACUGGAUACUUUUUUCCUCAAGAGUAUUUGAGUAACUUUACAGAAAAGUUAUCUGUUUCCCAUGUUUGUAAUAGGUGUUAGCCUUAGUUGGCUUAACCCAGAAAGCUAGCCACAUCCUGGACAUGAGGGAGGGGAUUCUGCUCCUCUGCUCUAUUCUGGUGAGGCCUCACCUGGAGUGCUGCAUCCAGCUCUGGGCACCCCAGCAUGAGAAGGACAUGGAUCUGUUGGAACAAGUCCAGAGGAGAGACACCAAGUUAAUCACAAGGGUACCUCUCCCAUGAAGAGCAGCUGAGAGUGGGGGUUGUUUAGCCUGGAGAAGAGAAGGCUCCAGGGACCUUACAGCACCUUCCAGUACCUACACGGGGGGCUGCAAGAAAGCUGGAGAAUGACUUUUGACAACGGCAUAUAGUGGCAGGUUGAGGGGGAAUGGCCAUAAGAUGAAGUUUAGACUGGAUAUUAGGAAGAAGUUUUCUGCUAUAAGGGUAGUGAGGCAUUGGAACAGGCUCCUGAGAGAGAUCGUGGACUCCCCGUUCCUGGAGGAGUUCAAGGCUAAGUUAGAUAGGACCUUCAUCUAGUGGAAAGUGUCCCUACCCACAGCAGGGGGGUUGCAAUGAUAAUCUUUAAGGUGUCUUCUAACCCAAACCAUUCUAUGAUUCUGUAUGUUCAUUUUGUUUUGGAGAUGUCUGAUUUUUGUCYGUGCAUAUUACAGUUUGCAGCAAGGGAAAUGGAACAGAUAGUAGACUUUUCUUUAGGGGAGAUUGAUCAAACAGUUUACACCGAAACUGUGACACCUCCAUCCUUGAAUAUAUUGGGAACACAGAUAACCCUGAGCAAUCUGAUCCACCUUCGAAAUUGGUCCUGCUAUGUGUGGUGUGUUGGACCASAUGACCUCCAUGGAUCCCUUCCAGCCUAAAUUAUUUUACAGUGUACUGGAAAUCAUGCUGUACAGACACUCCAGGAACUCUGAGGGCAGCAACAUUCCAGUUUCCUCAUCAUAUUCAGAUAAUUUUGAUAUUGCACAACACAAUGUGACUGCACAAGGAGCUGCUGUUCACUCUGACAGAUGAUAUAUAUCUGUGUUAUAAACUGUGGAAACACAUUGUGUUCAUAGCUCCCAUUUUAAUUAACUAGUUGUAAGAAGAAKAGUGGUCAAUGAAGACAGAGAGGCAAACUGAAAAAUGUCAGCUAUGAGAGGCUUCCCAAGCUCUUCAAAUUUUUGGCUUAUUUAUAUAAACAUGAUGGUGUCACUGUUUAUUUAUAAACAAGUGGCUUUUGAAUUCCUAACCAAAAUGUAGCUUCUUAUCAAACACUGCAUGAGUCUUUAGUCCUGGCUUACCUUGUUUUACACUCACAUAAAAGCAUGGAAUGCCAGAAAUCUGGUUCUAGGUGCUCUCCUGACUGCCCUGGAGCAUCAGCAACUAGAGGUCUGGAGCUAUUACAUUAAAAUGUGAGCAUGAGUCAUGUUAAAGCACCACUUGAAUUUGGAAGGUUGAACCAUUGCAGGAUAUAGCCAGUGUCAGUAGUAAAAUUAAUUCUUCAAGUUUCACAUAAUACUAAAUACAGAGACCAAAUUUAAUGUUUUUUCCCAUUCUUUGCAACAUUUAAUUUCUUUUAAAAAAGGUUUUUCUUUCAAAWAUUUUAAGAGGCUUCUCAUGAAAUGAAUUAUUUUCUUUCUUCUUUUUCCUACUAAGAGUGCAGCUUGUACAUCUGCAGUGCUUUUCUCUUGGCACAGUAGGCUUGUUUUCACGGUGCUGUCAUGGUUCUGCUCUUUGUCAAGGCACUUUUGAAAGACUGUGUCUUAGCUGAGAACAAAGUUUGCUCUAUUGUAAUACUUGCAAUAGAUUCACAGAAAUGGUAUUUUCCACAGAAGACAGAAAACUGUAAGUACUGACUGCAGUGUUUGCAUAACAUUUGUGUGGACAUACCACAGUCAUGUACCAGAUUCUCAUGUGUUCUGCUAAAACAUGUAAAUGUAAUCCAUAUUAACAGUAUUGCCUAUCCAGUGAAGUCAGUCCCUUGAAAAAUGAGGCUUCAGCUGAUUCCAAAGACCUCAGUGCUGACUUUUAAUCUGUUUCAUUUCCAUCACAAAGAAUGUUAUGACUUUUUUUUUUGCUGUAGUUGGUGAGGAUUUUGGGACAGUUUUUUUUUUGUGAAAUAGGCCUUCCAAACCACACAUCUGCCAAUGUGUGCAGAUUAGAGUUGUCUAUGAGCGGGAUCCUAAGGAAAUGAAAAAGUUGUGUCAGGUAAAACCAAUAAUUARACAUACAUGCUCCUGUAAGAUUCUGUCUGGACUAGUAACUGGGGACCAGUUAACAGCUCUCUACCACUGUCUCUUCUGACAAUCAAUGCUGUWCUCUUUCUAUCCAUUUGUGUAGUCCUUAUGACUACAUUACUUCUUUCAGAAGUCACAGAAUUAUUUGUUCAGUUAAAUUUGAGGGAAAAAAAAUCUGUAUUGGUCAAUCUUGCAUUAACCAGUCUAAGAAAAAUUGAAAUGUAUUGCCUUCCCAAGGUUAGCAAUUAGAUUUGUUUCUACAGAAAACCUAGAAAUGUGUAGGGAUUUUUCUAGCUGUAAGCAAAGCUUAUUUCUGAAGUUUAAUCGAAAGACUUACUUCUUAAAAUCUGUAUGCUGUGCUAUUCUGUAGACUGAAAAUUGAGUUACAAAGCCAUUGUACCUGUGCUUUUGUUCUUCCUUUUUUGGUUGCCUGAAACAGGUGAGGUCUUUACAGGAUUAUGUGUUGUAAAYGUAGAUUAAAUUAAUUUCAUAAUGGAGAAAGAAAUUAGGUGCAAGACAUCUGUCUCUCCCUCCGUCUGCCUGUGUUUUUCCCUUUUUCUGUGUUGGUUAUUUAAUGUCACCCUCCACCCACCCCUAGCUUGCUCAGUUUGUUACAAAGAAUGUUUGUAUUUGGUUAGUGGAAGUAGAGUAAAAGAGAGGUAAUCCACAAAAUGGCUACAGUAARACUAACUUACUGUAUCACAGGAAAAGUAACUAAGGUAGAGGGAGUUUUAGCCUGGKAUAAAUUCUUUUUUGUACCUAUGUAUUUUCAUUUACCCCUAUUCUUAACCACUUUAGAAGCAGAUGCUGAAUUUCAGUCUUUUGUAUAUAUGGUUUUAUAUCAUACAGCUGACAUACAAAAAUGGCCCCAGUAAUCUAUUUACUGAGCAAGCAGUGAGGUUUAUCAGUUUUUACCUGCCAAGUCUAUAGUUUGGGAUUCAUAAGGUGCACCUCAACCACUGUCACAAACCACAGCGUAUCCACUGUCUUCUCUUUAGAGAACGAGGAAGGAAUAGGUUACUACUGAUUUGUAGACAACUGGAUUGUGAGAUACCUGUAAAUCUCUGGUUUGAUUUUCUUCUAUGUAUAAGAUCUCAGCCUUCCACGUUCCUUUGCUUUGUGUAUUUAUAGAGCUUACACAAGCAAGUGCCCAGCCCCAUUCAUUGAACUGGACACAAACCAAAUUUUAUCAGUUUAGGAAUGGGUGUCAUUGUUUCCAUGAUGUAACAUCUGUUGGUUUGAUAGCAACCUUCAUAUCGGGUAGAAACUACCUUUCCAAAUUCUACCAAGUGUAAGGUCUGACUGCUUAUAGGGUGUCUCAGAAUAUUGUAUUCUGCCUUAGACAGUUGUGGGAAGUUCUAUGCCACUUUYUCUUCUAUCCUAUGGAAGCAAGUGAACUAAUAGGAUUCAUGUUAUUGAAUAACAUUAUUCAACAAUGUUAUUAAUGUUAUUAACUAAUAACAAUGUUACUGUUGCUUUGAAUUUUCCCCUCUUUAUGCUUACAGAUGAUCAUCAUUUGUCAGAUGUUCUCUUGGCUAUGUCAUUUGGUUAAGGAAGAAAAUCUAGACUGUCUUUUGUUUUAUUUUGAUGGAAUUUUGCCUUGUCACUCUUGGUGUCUCCUGAGACAGAAGUUCAUGUGUGGGAACAGUGACUUUCCAUUUGUGAAUGCUGAAAUUGUAAGAGACUAGCUAUAUUGGCUGGAUGCUCAUAAGUCCAUGAGCAUGGACUGGGGCCUGGCAUUCAUCCUAGCAUUCUGAAGGAGCUGGUGUAUGGUAUGGAAGAACUUCUUGUGAUCACCUGCCAAAGGUCUGGGAAGGUCCCUGCUGACUGGRAGUAGCUAAUGCUGUUCCAGUUUACAAGAAGGACAUGAGGGAAGGCCCAGGAAACUACAGACUUCUAGUCUAACCUCAGUUAUAUUGCACCAAGUUUUAUGUGUUGUUUCUCUUCUGGUCUUCUACAAAACCUUAGUACAUCAGUGUAGGAGUUGCGGAUGUGGUAACACAGUGGUAACUGCUGCCACCAUCAUUAGAUCUUGUAAGCAGAUCUGGUUUAAAGUUGUUCUAUCUUACAAUUCCUGUCCCAGAGACAGAAAGCCCAGAGCACUUCACCACCAGCCAGUAAAAARAUGGAGGGGAUACCUCUGAGACCAGGUAAAGCCUUCAUAUCUGCUGCUGUUGUACAUGCUACAGUGGAAUUUGUACUAGAUAGAGUUGGAGGAGAUGGGAGGAGGUUGGGGGGAAAAGAUGAGGAAUAGUUGUAAAAUGUUCCUCUGAGUGCCCUUCUACUGAUUUUUCUGUGGGAGGAUUGAGUCACUGAUACGAGCAAUGAAUAAACAAAGGGUGAAAGAUUCUAAGUGUAGCCUAUUCAUUGGAGCUAAAUGUUCGUCUAAAUGCAGUGGCACAUUUUUGUGUUCCACAUUUGAGACAUUAGUCACUUUGUUGCUGAAAGUUCUUGGGCUAUGAACAUACAGGGCUUUGYGGUGGUUAAACAAAUGGGAAUAUUGAAAAUUUCAGCCCCUGUGAUGUAUGUUUUAACAUGCACCAAAUUUGUUGGACUCCCUAGCCAAAUGUAGGAUGYGGAUUUGUUAAGGAUGACAGUGCAAACUUGAAAGAUACACUUUUAUAGAUUAACCUGCCUGAACCAAACAGGCAAGUUUUGCUUAAUAGAGGCAAGAUUUUUAAUCAGUUCUGCUGUAAAUUAACAAGUGUCUCUGAAGGGGCAAGACAGUGGACUAUGUAAUUGCCCCUUGGGAAAUUCUGCACCUUGUGGACAUCCUUGUCUGCAGGAGGAAUGAAAGCCCAGUGCAGUCCUCUGGUGCCGGGGAAUGGGUGCUGAGGAAUCUUGCCUCAGGUUUGAGCCUGCUGUGUCAAAUGAGGUACAUGUCAUGGAUAUUUCUGGAGAAUCUCUCCUUUGUAAUCUUCAAGCAUCUUGUAAGGACAGAUUUUCUGUGAAGUUUCUAGAAUUCUUAACAUACACUUCCUUCAUCAACAAGCUACCACUGCUCAGUAGGGCUUUUCUUUUUUCCCUGUGGAGCAUGAAUUUCUUUUUUGUUACUUGUUCUUAACAAAGGUGGGUGACCCUGGAUCAUUUGCAGCUCUCGUUAACAGCCUGUAGAACAGAAUUCAAAGACAUGAAGCACCAAAGGGGUAGAACAAGUGAAUGAAGUGAGGGAGRUUCUCCCUCUGCUCAUUAAGGGCCCACUUGCUGCUGUGACACAAAAGACGAGUGUGAGAGUUGGGGAAUGGUUGAGUGGGGUGUCCAGUCCUAUCCUGGGGUGAAAUUAUUAUAAAAUAGAAAAGCUUUCCUAAGUAAUGUUAGUUUCCACUCAUUCUGCACUSUAGGAAUCCUGUUGUUGGGCACGGGACAUGGUUUGGUCAUUUUUUGACACAUGAUUCUAUGGAGAGGUUUUAAAGUCCAAAGCCACAAGUUUAUAAUUACAAACUUUUUGAUAGAAAAUUAUUUMUUUUAUGUAACUGCAUAUUAGUAGAUACCUUGCCAGGCAUUUGCAAGSAAUUUGAUGUCCUGUAAUUUAAUUCUAGAUUUCAGUAUGGAAACAGAAUAAUUUAAUUGUUCAAGCAACAGAACACUGAAACUAAUCGGCUUUUGCAACAGCAAGUUAAUGACUUUUAGAAGCAACCCACAGAAGAGGAAAGAGCAGUUUUCAAUUGUGUUCCGAAACUGAAAUGCCUGGAUGAUAAGCCAAAGAAAGAGUAUUUUGAUUACCUCUGUGUUUCCUUGCUUUAUAGAGUUAUUAUAAUUUCUAUUAAAUAAUUUAUUUAGAAAGUAGCAAAGCUAAAUUUUUAUUUGAAAAUUAUCAGGUAUGGAUAAAUGUACAACCUAAUGUUCCCUUGGUCUCUGAGUAACUUAACCUUUCUGUCAAUAGCCUUUCUUUUGCACUCUUUUUUUGUCAAAAUUACAUCAUAGUGUCUCUUGACCUUUGCAACUAUUUCAAAGCCUUUACAAAGAUAAAUUUUUGUCUUAAAUUAUCCUGCUACUGAAAUUAUACUGACUGAUAUAAUAUUCAUUACUUUUCUUUCCAUCUUCCUGGUUUGUGGAAUAAUAGCUGCUGCCUCUUCUGAGAGACAGUUUGUGUUCCUAUUCCUCAGUAUGUAACUGACUUGUCUGAAAGAUGUUACCUGUUAAAUAGUAUCGAUUGAUAGGAAUGUUCUGCAUGUGUAAAUAAUUAUUAUUCACAACUGCAAUUAUAAUACGUGUAGAAGCCAAGGGCUUCAUAGUUAUUCUUUCAAUGUGGUUGGUUGAACCCAGCUCCAAAGCUGCUGACUUAUGGAAACAGCUCACGCUUCUCUACAGCAAUUCUUUAUUACAGUCUCCUCCUCCAUGGAGACCAGGCCUGUGACAUCUCCCCGAUAAAGUUAUCUGUUGGUUCAGUUGUAUCAUAUUUUCUUUCUCAGAACUGUAAAUCACUCCUGGUAAAUCCCAAUAUACACAAACUAUUUUUAAGAGAGGGGUAUAAUUAGGAGACCUCUUCGGCCAUCUGGUCUAUUGCAGUUCAUGUGUUACUGUUUAUCAUUCCUUUUAACACUUUUAAAUUUAAUAAAAUAUAAAAAAAUGUGCACUUAGUUAUACCUAGAUAAAACCUGAAGAAUAAAGAAUAUAGUUGAUACAUUUCAUUAAACCAAACUUCUUGACAAAGCAUGAGAAAUUAUAUUGAAAAAAGGUAUCUUAACUGAGUUUUAAGUCAGCACUACAGCAGGGCCUUAUUUUUCUGGGCAGUGUACAAGUGCUUGGGUUAUAAUCCAAAGUACAAAUCCAAAAUGGGAUAUUUUCUUUCGAGUYAAAUGGCCAAUGGAACAGUUAUAGAGGGAGAGAGAACCUGCAACCACAUUGCAUAGAUGCUGCAACAGACGUGAGGGUGGUGAAGGGACGUGCCCAAAGCCAGAUGGCAGCAGAGUGGAGAUGGAGCCCCAGCCUCCCCCAUCCAUUGGRAGCACCAGGCUUGCCCACCUGGGCUCAGGGGCAGCCGGCCCUGGCAUGAUGCUGGCCUUGGGCUGCCAGCCAUUCCCAGAGCUGCUGGCAUGGUGGUGUUGGAGCCAUCCAGUACAAGCUGUCACACACGGUGCCUGCUGGCACACAACRGGAUCCUGUUCCUGCUCUUAUUGUACCAUUUAUUGUACAUUGAUGCAGCUCCACAAAGGCUCUUGUGACUUACUGUGUUCCUUGCACUGCUCCCUGCUACUGAGUGUUGGGUGCAGGCAGAGCAGGAUUGUCUUCCAUGUGCCCCACACUCAGCUGACAGCUUUCCACAGCCAUCCUGCACUGAGCAGCCAGGCAGGUCUUCCUCAAGAGAUGUCAGUUCUAGCAGUAAUGUGCAACAGUGUGACCUUGGUAAAAACACCACAUCUGUUARCAGACCAGAGUAUGUUAUGACCUGAUAGACUGAAAUACUUACGGAGUGAAUGGGCAGGAGAAUAAGUUUUCCUGUCAGAAAGGCAGUACACCAGUCAAAAAUGCUGCACGCACUGAUCAAGGCUUUUAUACAUCUGUUACGCACUGGAACAAAUAGCAAAGCAUUAAGCAUGUGAGAGGAUGCUCUUUGGGGUUCAAUUAUUGAAAGAUGAUCACACAGAAAGUCCACAGUGGAGUCUCAUUGAUUCAAAAGCAAAAUAUGUGGAGUGAGAAAAAUGCACAUUUUCAUUACGAUGUGUUAUGAUGAGGCCACGUAAUGACAUCACCUGUACCAGCACUCACACUAAUGAAGUACACUUACACCUUGCUGGAGAGAGAGAAAUCCCUUCAGUUUUAGAUACUGUAUAGGGUGAGAAAUGAAAGGCAGGAUUUCACUGGAGUCAGCCUGAAAACAUCCAUUUCAUACUGAGGUUUGUCUGGGAAGGAGUGGGAAGGCCCCUCUGGCUUUGGGCAGGUGAGCAUGUGUUACCCAUGGCAAAUGACUGAAGGYUGAGUCAGAACACGGCUCCUGACUCCCUCCUGGCUGACAGUGCAAUGGAUGUUCCACAGUGAGCCCCUGGCUUAAGGAACUGUGAGUGCAUGCUGGUGAUGACUGGGACCUGUAAUCCUCAUCAAGGGAGGAUGUGAACAGGGAUGUGUGAAGUAGAACUGCAAUAAGAGAAACGGGAGUGCGUGUGUAAUGCCUGGGGGGAGACCUUUUCCUUCUAGCACACACAACAAGAAAUUAUUGUUACAUCUAGUUUUCAUUUGCUUAGAUAUCCAUGGUAUCCCAAAUCAGGAAGAUGGUGUGUUARUAGAAUAAAAAUUGUUAGGCAUUCAUAUGGCAAAGGAAAAUUCUGACAUUCUGACAACUAAAAGCUUAACAGAAGUUGCAGCUAGAGUGAAAGGUCAAAAGGUAAGGUGUGCUACUGGCCACUUGUAGUGAGAUAUUUAGACAAGUUGAUUCCUUUGGGUAUGUUUCAGUAUCUAGGGAGACGAUUUACUAUCAGUCCACUGUAAAUCUGGAGCUUUAUGGAGUUUUGUUGUUCUCCUGCCAAUGCAACUGAGAGUAAACUUUGGCUCUGGUUACAUCCAUCUAGAGCAAGCUGCAGCUUGCCUUAUCCACRGAAGAAUUCCUGUUGCCUUCAUAGAAGUUUUUCAUGAGU